CACAAUUAUGGCUUUUGAAGAUGGUGCUAAAAAGGAGCUUCAGGAAGUUGGUAUAAAGAACUCAAAGGGUGGUUCUCUUUUUGGGACUAGUCUAGCAUCUAUGGAGUCUUUGUCCCUGCCACUGGUUCAGGAGGUUGUUCUUUCUGCAGAUAUGCAAUGUGAAAAGUGUCAGAAAAGGGUAACUGACAUUAUUAGGAAAAUGAAUGUAGAGACAGAGUCCGUGGUGGUGAAUGUGUUGGAAAAGAAAGUGAUACUCACUUUUAAAUUACCAACUGUUACUCGGCAAAUUACUCCCAUCAACAGGAAUCCUCUCCCUAAAGUUGCCAUUAUCAAACGUAUAUUUCGCUCUUCCCGUGGUUAA